CGUUCAUCUUCAGUUCGUCCACAUCGGUCCACACGAUUGGAAAAGGGAUAACUGAGUUUAUUCCAUUGAAAAAUUCAAAAUACCUAAAUAUUUACUGGCGUCGCUUGUGUCAAAUAAAACGUAAAACUCGUUGCAAAAUGACGCGUGCAGCUCUUUGCAUGGCCGUCGCUUGCAUCUUGGUGCAAUGCGUCUACUCUGCAAAGUUCGACGAACAGAACCGUCGUCUUAUUCUCGAUAUAAACGACCAAAAGACAACGAACCGUCAGUACUAUUCGUCAAACAUUGACACAAAUGCCUACCGGUAUGGCUACGAUGUCGGCAAGACCGGUAACUUCCACCACGAGACCCGCGGUCCCGACGGGGUCACCUACGGCUGCUACGGCCUGAUCGACCCCUACCACCUGCUCCGGGCAACACACUAUGUGGCCGACGCCCACGGCUACCGCACCGUGGAGCCGGAGAAGCCGGUGGAGACCUUCCCGCCGCAUCUGUACAACGAGACCGAUGGUGGACCCUCGCUGCCGGGCAUCCUGCUCCAGUGGGAGGAGCUGUACUUCCCCAUCGGAUGUGGAAAGUUCGCGAACGGCGCCCAACACGGCGUGCCAUUCUUCCUCGAAGACUUCAAAAACAAGGGCGGUAGCAACGAUGCGAUACCAUCGUUCUCGGCCAACUCAAUUGUGAUCAAGGGCUCCGACCAGAAGAGUCUGCCCAUCCACAAGCCCACCGGUCCGCUGGUGCCCCAGGGCACGGGCAUCUUCGGCACGGACAAGGGUCAUUCGGAUCUCAGCCACCCCGGCGAUCAGGCGCCGUCCUUCCAUUCGGUGAACACCCUGCUACCGGGCAGCAACAAUGAUGGCCAGUACGUGCCGGAUAGUAAUCCCUAUGUGCAUGUGAUUGGACCCAAUGGCGGAAGUGGAGGCAACGGAGGCAGCGGCUCUGGCGGCGGUUUCGGUGGAAAUGGAGGAUUUGGAGGCGCUGGCGGUUUCGGACCCAACGGCCCAGGUGGUCCCAAUGGACCCAAUGGCCCCAAUGGUCCAAAUGGACCCAAGGGACCAAAUGGACCGAACGGACCUCCGGGACCACCCGGCGGCUUGGGUCCGGUCGGCGCGGGAGGAGGAGCCUCAGGAAAACCGGUCUACAAGGAUGGCGAUCGCACUGGCGCGGGCAGCGGUUCUGGAAUUGGUUCCGGUGAUCGUUACACAACCGGAAACGGUGGCGGUGUCGGUGCCGGCGAUCGUUACUCCACCGGAAACGGUGGUGGUGUCGGUGCCGGCGAUCGUUACUCCACCGGAAACGGUGGGGGCGUCGGCUCCGGCGACCGUUACUCCACCGGAAACGGUGGCGGCGUCGGUGCAGGCGACCGUUACUCCACCGGAAACGGUGGCGGCGUCGGUGCCGGCGAUCGUAUCACCACCGGAAACGGUGGUCGCUAUACCACAGGAAACGGUGGCGGCGUCGGUGGUGGCGAUCGCACCGGAAGCGGUUUCGGAAUCAAUGCCGGUGCCCAGUAUCGCCCGGACAAUGAGGGAACCUACACGAGCACCUACACGCAGACCCAGACCGGUUUUCCUGGGGCCGUUCCAUAUCAUCCAGAUAACGGUAAAUAUAACGACAACAGCGGGCGCUAUAACGGUAUUAACGAUGGUCGGUAUUAUCACGAUGAUUCGGGCAAAUAUGUUCACGUUGAAGGCCCCACUGGACCACCGGCACCCCCAUAUGUCCAUGUUGUUGGACCCGAAGGCGGAUACGGCGGCAAUGGCGGCAACGGCGGCAAGGGAGACGGCGGCGGCGUAGGCCCCGGCGGCCCAGGCGGACCCAACGGACCUGGCGGCCCCAAGGGACCCAACGGACCUAACGGACCUCCCGGCCCUCCCGGCCCACCCGGACCACCUGGACCUCCCGGACCCAAGGGACCCACUAAGCCCGGACCUUUCGGACCUCCGGGACCACCCGGUAAGUAACAAAAAAAAUGCCAUCUAAAAUGUUAUCCGAUUAAUAAUUUCAAUAUAAUUAUUUUAGGCCCACCUGGACCCACUCGUCCUGGACCUUAUGGACCUCCCGGACCACCCGGCCCACUCGGCCCCACUCGUCCCGGCCCACCAGGCCCACCUGGCCCCACUCGUCCCGGACCACCUGGCCCACCCGGCCCUACUCGUCCCGGACCACCCGGCCCCACUCGUCCCGGACCACCCGGACCCACUCGUCCCGGCCCACCAGGACCUUCUCCCAACGACCCCCGUUACUCGGACAAGGAGACGCCCGGCUACCUGCCACCUGAUCAACCGGGUAAAAUCUCCAAGCCACCCCCAUCCUACUCACAAGUCAUUGCAAUUGAACCACCAAAACCAGUUUUUAAGCCGAAUUACGAACAAAACAAUGAUUAUGCUAUUAAGAAAGUGCCCGUAACGACAAAGCCACCACUAACCUAUAUUCCUCCUUCUUUCCCCAUCACUCCGAAACCCUAUGUUCCCGUUCCCGCUCCCGCUCCCGCUCCCGCUCCCGCUCCUGUUCCUCAACCACAACCGCCAUCCCAAAAAAUAACGACGACGUACGAACAGCCAAAGCCAAAGGUCCCGGCUAUCACUAUUGAGAAGGAUAAGCCACAUAAGAGCGUUUCGACACCGCCAGUGACAACGGGUAAUAUUGAAAAGCACACGUACCUACCACCGCCACCACCGACUCCCAAAUACGAGACCAAGACCCCGACUGCGAUUCCGACUCCGAAACCGAAACCGACUCCGACGCCCGUUCGAUACGAACCCUCGACGCCCAGACCCUUCGAAAAGGUGGUGGUGACCUCACCGCCACAGAUCCAAUACCACACGCCACAGGUGCCCGCCGUGGUGAUCCCCCAGAAACCCGUGACUGUGCCGUACAAACCCGUGACGAGACCGCCACCCAUUUACGUUGAACCCAAAGUAACGCCACGUCCAUCUCCCCCAUUGCAUGUGCCCUCGGUGUCGAUCAGCGAUCAGUCCUGUGUUUGUAACGCCGAUAAGACGCACUCAUCGAAAAGCACCCUUACCUCAACCACCAGCACCACCACCACCACGAACUCCUAUCCCAAUCCCGCCUCCGUUGACUUUAACAAACAAUUUUCCGGCUUCAAUGGACAAGCAAACUUCGGCAGCAUAAUCAACGCCAUGUCACUGACCCAGCUGCCGGUGAUACCUCAGGCCCCCGGCCAGCCGGCCUUCUAUCCGCCCGACAAGAUCCCCAAGGGCGCCGUAAUCGCUCUCAUGCCCGUGGUGAUCCUGCCCCAGGAGUACUAUGCCAACUGUGAUGAGAACUCGAUCAACCAGCACUCGAACAUCGAUCCCUUCCCGCUGGGCGUCCAGCCGGGUGUGUCCUUUAGCCUGCACUCGGUGCUGACGGGCUCGGCGCCCAAGGAUCAGUGCAUGUGCCCCUGCUCGUGCACACAGAAUCUGCCGGGAAGACUACACAAGAAACGCGAGACCAGCGAUGCUGAGGCUCCAGUCGAGGUCAAGCCCGAAGCAGCGGCCUCCGAGGAGGUGAAGACCCUGGUCGAUCCUGUUCCAGCCGCCUCGGAAGAGGUCAAGGUUAAGGUCGAACCCGAGGCCGAGCCCAAGCCCGCAGCCUCCGAAGAGGUCAAGGUGAAGGCGGAACCCCUGCCAGCAGCCUCCGAAGAGGUCAAGGUAAAGGCCGAACCCGCUCCAGCCGCCUCCGAAGAGGUCAAGGAAAAGGUGGAACCCGUUGCAGCCGCCUCCGAAGAGGUCAAGGCAAAGGUCGAACCCGAGGCAGAGAAAAUCCUGGCUGACCCAAAACCCGAAAUCAAGGCGACUAGCGAGACGAACUAAGACAAGGACCAGAGAGAAGACCACCCGAACCCCUUCCCAAUCCCGCUUAUCCCAUCCCAACCCCAGUCCCUCCUCUCCCAAGGAUCAGAAAAGAAACCUAACCUAGUCUAAGUGUUUUUAGUGUCUGCCAGGCAGGGCCAACCAGCAUUUAAGAAGGGUAAAUCGAAGAGGGAGCCCAGCUAAUGUGUUCGCUUUCUUGUGUUAUCUAUAUAUAAUUCGAGCUCGAUGAUAUUGUUUUCCACGCACUAUUGGUAAAUGCACUCCAGACCGCCUGUCCAGGACGAGUUCCGGAGCUCUCUGGAGUAACAUCUCCGCGAAAAACACUGUAAUCUAAAAUACUUCCCUAAGAGAGAGCACUGAGAAUUGGCAAGUGAAGAAAAGAAAAGCGAAAAUUGUUUUGUGACAUGUUGUUUAUUAUGCAUUUGUGUUUGCUUUUUAUUUUUUUAUGAUUUGUUCAGUUUUAUUUCCUUAUGAUUUUUUACCAACUCUAGCUCUUAGUUUAUUUAAUGUCUACUCUAAUAUUGAUUGAGACGGAAUAAUGAAUUGUUAUGUCAAGAGAGAAAUAUUGAAAUUAAAUAAAAAUUAA